AAGUAAGUGCCGCUCCCGGCGCGCUGCGAGAGACCCCGGCUCGCUCGCUCUGUCCCGGAGCCGCCUCUCCUCGGGGCAAGAUGCGCCCCCCGCCCCCGCUGUUCGCCCCGCUCCGCCCCUGGCCUGCCCCGCAUCGGGUACCCCCGGGGGCCCCGCGGCAGCAGGAAUCUCUCCCCGUGCGGAUCGUGGCUCCCUUCCCCCGUCCGGAUCCCCCCGCCCGGGCACUCUCAGCGGCAGCCGCGGCUGGUUCCCACGCUCCUGAGCAGGGCGGGAGGGAGCGGAGGCAGCCGCAGCAGCCCGGGGGACACGGGUCAGGGCCGCGGGGCGAGAGGCAGCUCCCGGCUCGCUGGCGCUUCCUGGGCAGCAUCGCUCAGGUUCGUGGGAAGGAAGGAGCGAGGUCGGUUCCACAGACUCAGCAGCCUCCGGAAUGGGCCGAUCCGAGCUCAGUUGCUCGUGGGAAUGUUGCAAACGCGCCAGCAGCCUCCAGCGCUGAUCCCAGGCUGAGCUCCCGGGUGAGAGUCCAGGGGCUCCAGCGCAUCCCCACUCGCAGCCCGAUCCCUCCUUUCACACAGCGCGGCUGCUGAGCUAGGCUACGUGCAGUGAGGGACACGAUAUUUAUUAGUGCAUAGGGAGAAAUGUGUGUUGCGCGAAUGCAUUACGGUUGAAGAUUCAUCACUCUGCAAAGAAAUGUGGUUAUAAAGCUACAUCUGUUCCUGCAGUGAUUUAUAACGACAAAUAAUCUUCCACAGCAAUUGCGUUCAUCUACUGUUCUGGCUUCUACUGUUAGUCAGCAGAAGAGAAUUAAACACAAAGCAAAGCACUCUUAAUCUCAAUAGACAGACUUUGUACAGUAUGUUCUGUACCAAACUGAAAGACCUGAAGAUCACUGGGGAAUGUCCUUUCUCCUUACUGACCCAGAGUCAUAUAUCUGAUGAACAUGAGGAGGAAUGUGGAGAAGUGCCAAAUAGUUCUAGAGCAGCUUUGCCAAUCUGCAAAGAAGUCAGUGAAAAAGACACUCACAGGAACCUUCCACAAAGGAAAACCAGUAGAAGCCGGGUGUAUCUGCACACGUUAGCUGAAAGCAUCUGCAAACUGCUCUUUCCUGAGUUUGAAAGGUUACAUCUUGCACUUCAGAGAACAUUAGCAAAGAACAAAAUAAAAGAAAGCAGGAAAUACGAGGAGAGAGAAGAUUUUGAAAAAAUAAUCACUGAUCAUGCAAAUGCAGCAGGUGUUCCAGUUGAAACUGUAAAGGAAUCUCUUGGUGAAGAGCUAUUCAAAAUAUGUUAUGAAGAGGAUGAACACAUCUUAGGAGCUGUUGGAGGAACCCUUAAGGACUUCUUGAACAGUUUCAAUACCUUUCUGAAGCAGAGUGGCCAUUGCCAAGAAGCAGACGAAAAGAGCAAACUUGAGGAAGCCUCCAUAUUAUGCCUGGAAAAAGAUCAAGACUUCUUAAAUGUGUACUGUUUCUUUCCUAAGAAAAUAACUAGUCUCAUUCUGCCUGGCAUUAUUAAGGCAGCAGCUCAUAUUUUGUAUGAAACCGAAGUGGAAGUGAUGCUUAUGCCCCCCUGCUUUCGUAAUGACUGCACGGAGUUUAUUAACCAGCCAUAUUUGUUGUACUCUGUACUAGUCAAAAGCACAAGACCUUCCUUAUCUCCAUGUAAACCACAGUCCUCUCUUGUGAUUUCCGCCUCUCUGUUCUGUAAGACUUUCCCAUUUCAUUUCAUGUUUGACAAGGAUAUGGCUGUUCUGCAAGUUGGCAAUGGGAUAAGGAGACUUUUGAACAGGAGAGAAUUUCUAGCAAAUCCUAACUUCGAGGAGUACUUUGAAAUUCUUACCCCUAGAAUAAACUGCACAUUUAGUGGGAUCAUGACAAUGCUCAAUAUGCAGUUUACUGUACGAGUGAAGAGAUGGGACAAUGCUGUUAAGAAGUCAUCAAGGGUAAUGGAUCUUAAAGGCCAAAUGAUCUAUAUUUUUGAAUCCGGUGCCAUCUUGUUCUUGGGAUCUCCCUGUGUGGACAGAUUAGAAGAUUUUACAGGACGUGGAUUAUACCUUUCUGAUAUUCCAAUUCAUAAUGCUCUGAGGGAUGUUGUUUUGAUAGGAGAACAAGCCAGAGCUCAAGAUGGACUAAAGAAGAGAUUAGGAAAGCUUAAAGCUACUCUUGAGAAGGCCCACCAAGCUCUGGAAGAGGAGAAGAAGAAGACAGUAGAUCUUUUGUGCUCAAUUUUUCCUGGUGAGGUUGCUCAGCAGCUGUGGCAGGGACAAGUUGUGCAAGCCAAGAAAUUUAAUAAUGUCACAAUGCUUUUCUCUGACAUUGUAGGAUUCACUGCCAUCUGUGCCCAGUGCUCACCUAUGCAGGUUAUCACCAUGCUUAAUGAGCUCUAUACUCGCUUUGAUUACCAGUGCGGAGAGCUAGAUGUCUACAAGGUGGAGACCAUUGGAGAUGCUUAUUGCGUGGCUGGAGGUUUACACAAAGAAAGCGAGACACACGCUGUUCAAAUAGCAUUGAUGGCACUGAAGAUGAUGGAGCUGUCAGAUGAGGUGAUGUCUCCCCAUGGAGAGCCUAUCAAGAUGCGUAUUGGCCUCCAUUCUGGAUCCGUCUUUGCUGGAGUUGUUGGGGUUAAAAUGCCACGUUAUUGUCUCUUUGGAAACAAUGUAACCCUUGCCAACAAGUUUGAGUCUUGCAGUAUACCUAGGAAAAUAAAUGUCAGUCCAACAACUUACAGGCUGCUAAAAGAAUAUCCAGAUUUUGUGUUCACACCUCGCUCAAGAGAAGAACUUCCUCCAAACUUUCCCAGUGAUAUUCCUGGUAUUUGUUACUUUCUGGACGCUUAUCUUCAAGGAACAAAUUCAAAGCCUUGGUUUCAAAAGAGAGAGUUUGAAGAUGGUAAUGCAAAUUUCUUGGGCAAGGCAACGGGGGUAGACUAAAUUGUACAUUCAUACAUUUACAAAAGAAUUUUAUAAAUAUUUUAAUUUUGUAUAAAUUGAGAGUUUAAAAAAGUAUGAAACAUGAAAGCACUUUAGAUUGUUAAUACCUGAAAGCCAGUAUUAAAAUUUCAGGAAGUAUGUCAGAUACUACUUUUUAUUUUUACUUUCCAGAAGAUAUAUAGUCAUUAAAACAAUAUUUCAACUUCACUAUUUAAAACACUGUUUAAGAGUACUUUUUUUCCCCCGUGGUAAUCUGUGCUACAUAACGACCAUUUCAACUCUACCUAUCCUGAAAAUUCCAAACAUGUUGUACGUACAGUGUAUCAAAAAAUGUUGUGUACAAAUGAUGCAGUCAGAUGCAGUUUGGUUCGCUGGUGCAUACCAAUGACUAUUAAAAUGCAGUUUUCUUAGUUGCUCCAUAUGAAAAAGGAAACAACCAUUACUGUAAUAACUCCUUCCAUUGCAUCUUUGCAUCUUCCAUUGCAUCUUUACAGUCCUAUGAGGUACUGCCCAUCUCCUAGAGGGAGCUGAAGUCAACAGUAAUUGAAGGCAUUCAGCGCCUUGAUGGAUCAGGUUGCUACUUGUAACUAAUGCCAGUAUAUACAGUGGAGUAUGGAUGCUUACUGUUCCCUGAACUUUGAUUUCUUUGUGCAUAAAAUAAAUAUUUAUAGAAUAUUCAAAUAUUGUAUAAUCACACACUAAAGCCUCUGUAAUCAAAUAAGAUUUUAGUUUUUGGAGUUUUUAAACCCUAUUUUAAAAAUUAUUUCCCUCUGAUACUAUGUAUCAUAGCAAUAAAUGUUUUCUUUUUGUUGUCAAUUAAUUUUUAAUUCUUUUGAGGGAAGUAAUAGUACAUAAUGUAGAGUGUUUACAUAGAAAGGAAAUUGCAAGCGGACUGUAUCGUGUGUAGGACACAAACAUAUUGCUGUGAACAUAUGAUCUUAUACUUCAGCUAGAAAUAAUGUAGAGGGGAAAUGGACUCUGAAAUAUGUACAGUUCACUGAGAGCUAAAGGUGAAGACAAAUGCUUUGAAAUAUAUGAGUACACAUCUGCAGCCUUCAUAUUACUAAUACAUACGUUUUAAAAGUAAACAGAGGUUUCUUUAGCUAUUGAGACUUGACCUCAGGAUUCUGUUUCUACUGCAAGUUAAUAACCUUGCACAGUCACUCUCCUGAGACACACAACUUGGCCCCUAUAGCAGACUGGGACCAGCAUACCUUGCACUGACUUAGGGUAUUUGUGAUAACAUCAGUUCCUUGCAAGAGAGACACUGAUAUCUGAACUCAUAAACAUUCUUUUGUAUUUACUUACUGAUUUAAAAAGCAUUUCAGUUUUCCUCUAGGGCUGAUCCAACAGAAAAUAUCAGUGGGCUUUGAGUCUGCCCAGGUACUCGAAAUCCUGCCCCAGAAAACAACAUGGUUAAUCACUGCUGAGCUAUCCAGGAUGUUGGCAGAUAUCAUAAAGUGACUUCUUUACUUUCCAACUCCCCUUCUGAUUUUUGGAAAAGAGUUGUGUGUGGGUAUUUCUGGGAUCAUAUGUGUAUGCUAAGUGACACCAUUAAGAUUCUGCAGCUGUAUAGUCCUGCUGGUUUUAAAAGUGACACCAAGGACGUGUCCACAUGUCGGGGGGAGGGGAAGGUUAAUCCACAGUUUUUCGAGUUAAUCUGCUUUGAAAACACUUGCAUACACAUGAUGCAAUUCAUUUUUAGCGCACUGACUCUACAUUUAUUGCAAACUCUGGAGUGCUCAUUCAAAGUGAACUAAUUUUGCUGCGAAGCAAGUUAGUCCAGCCUAUUGUUCAUGCUGUGGCAAAAUACUUUCACAGUCUGUAAUGGCUAUCCCACGCUCCUUUGUGGGUGACCAUUACUGACCUGUCUGUUUACCUUUGUGCCCUCCCCUGCUCUGGGGUCAAGUUGACCAGAUGUCCCCUCCCUCAUUUAUAAACUGGCACACAGUCAGAUUUGGCCAUUCUCCCCUGGAUUCCAGUUUACUACCGAAGACCUACAACAUGCCUUGAGCAGCUUCACCAAUAUCCUGUCUCAUCGCCAUCUGGGGAGGUGUCAGUGCAGGGAGCUCUUGUGGCAGCCACUGGAAUAAAGACCAUUUUGUAGCCAUUGCUAGGCAGAUGUCCAUGAGGGACCAUGACCAGAAUGCGGAACAGUGCUGGAUAAAGAGCAGACCGCUCUGGAGCACCUCCACUGAAAUGACGGAGAACUGAGAAACUCCAGUGGGGGACAUGUAACUUGUCCAUUUUUGAGGAGCUGGACAGGAUUUUAUAUAACUACAAGCCCACCCAACCUAGGCAGCUUGUGGAGUCUGCUGGCUGCCUUUCUCCCCUCCCCCUACCACCACUAGGAUGACCAGCAGGACUCAUUGAGGGAUGAAUCUGAGGAGGCCAGUGAAGAGAUCUCCCCAGAAAGCCAGGAUCUGUGCAGGACUCAGGACCCUGAUGAUGGCCAGGUAGAAUCGAGCUCAGUUCCUGCUCUGUAGCAACCAACCCUGAUUGCCAGGUUGUAACCCAGAUUGGGGCUGAGGGGGCUGAUCCCAUGGAGGGAGCUUCAGCAUGUAAAUUUUGUAUUAUUGUUUUAAAAUAAAUUUACUAUUUACA